AUGCACAGCGGCUCAGACCAUGAGACAAUAGUGACCUCUAUCCCUAUCUCCACACCGGGCACUCGGCACCUAGAGCAGCACCACUACAGAGUCCCAGAGGCAAACCUACCCAAGUUCACUGGGCUAGUAGAGAUAGGAGUCCAGAACAUCCCGGACCUGCUGGCCACACAGGAGGCAUCACAGCUCGAUGAAGGCGCCCGUAAGGAAGGCCGCGCUGCACCUUGGUGGACAGAGGAGUGCAAAACUGCCUACCAAGUCUACAAACAGGCCUGA